UAUAUUAAAAGCAAGGCAAAUCUCGUAAUGUCUAAAACAAACAAGCCUUUUCAUAUACCAUAAAAUGGAAGACGUACGAGAAGAGGAGAUAACCCGCGCCGGUGCCGGAGUCGGAACCUCAGAACACCACGUGCUAAACGUCGAUGAAAGAAGCCAGAAGCCGAUCAAGCCGUUGUCGUUUCUUCUCUGUUUCAAUAACCUCACAUACAGCGUCAAGGUUCGUCCAAAGUUUACAUUUUCGUCGUUGAUCGCGAGAAGAACCGCCGAGCCGGAAAAAAGGACAAUACUAAACAGCAUCUCAGGCGAAGCGCGCGACGGAGAAAUACUUGCAAUCUUAGGCGCCAGCGGCUCGGGAAAAACGACGCUGCUCGACGCCUUAGCCAAUCGAAUUGAGAAAGAGAGCUUGAAAGGAACAGUGAGUUUAAACGGCGAGGUUUUGGAGUCUCGGUUAUGGAAAGCGAUCGUGGCCUACGUGAUGCAGGACGACCUGUUAUUCCCAAUGCUUACAGUUGAAGAGACUCUGGGCUUCGCUGCAGAAUUCCGGCUUCCCCGAACGCUCGAGGAGUCGAAGAAGAAGGCUCGAGUUCAGGACCUGAUCGACCAAUUAGGCCUCCGUAGUGCCGCGAAGACAAUAAUUGGAGAUGAGGGCCGGCGCGGUGUCUCUGGUGGAGAAAGGCGCCGUGUCUCGAUCGGAAUUGAUAUAAUCCACGGCCCGAUUCUCCUCUUCCUUGAUGAGCCGACGUCGGGGCUCGAUUCGACUAGCGCGUUCACGGUGGUGAAUGUCCUGAAGAACAUUGCUCGGGGUGGUAGCGUCGUCGUGAUGUCCGUACACCAACCGAGUUAUCGGAUAAUUGGAUUGCUAGACAAACUGAUCUUCCUCUCCAAAGGACAAGUGGUUUACAGAGGAUCGCCAAUUAAUCUUCCCCUGUUUUGCUCCAAAUUUGGCCGGCCGAUCCCCGACAACGCAAACCCGGUCGAGUUCAUGCUCGAUUUGAUCUCCGAGCUCGAAGACUCGACCAACGGAAUCAGUACCUUGGUGGAUCUCAACAACACAGGGAAAAGUUCCGAACGUGCAGAUGCCGAAAAAUCUGACGUCGUUUCAUCGCUUACAGAAGCAUUGAAUUUAGGCAUCUCCAAAGGAAAAUUAGUCUCCGACAACAUUAAUACUUCCAACGUCAAGAAAACCUUUGCGAACCCUUUCUGGACAGAAAUGCUGGUUCUAUACAAGCGUUCGAUGACCAAUUCGAGAAGAACACCGGAGAUUUUCGCCGCUCGGCUGAUCACAAUCUUAACAACCGGUUUCUUACUCGCCACCAUAUAUUGGCAGCUUGAUGAUUCUCCCAAGGGGAUACGAGAACGGUUAGGGUUCUUUGCCUUCGCUAUAUCCUCCACUUACUUCUCCAGCUGUCAAUACCUCCCGGUUUUCCUUCAAGAGCGAUUCAUCUUCAUGAGAGAAACCGCUUACAACGCGUACCGCCGAUCCUCGUACGUACUUUCCCAUGCUUUUGCUGUGCUGCUGCCGCUUUUCAUCCUCUCCCUCGCCUUCUCGAUGACGACGUUUUGGGCUGUUGGGCUCACCGGAGGAAUCUCCGGUUUCCUAUUCUACUUCCUGAUAAUCUACGCCUCGUUUUGGGCCGGAAACUCCUUCGCCGUAUUUGUCUCUGGAUUAGUCCCCCAUAUUCUACUCGGAUACACCGUCGUCAUUGCCGUCUCGGCCUACUUCCUUCUGCUGAGCGGGUUCUUCAUCAACCGAAACCGAAUCCCGCCUUACUGGAUUUGGUUCCAUUAUGUCUCUCUUAUCAAAUAUCCCUAUGAAGCCCUUAUGCGAAGCGAAUUUGACGAUCCGACGAAGUGUUUCCGGAGGGGUUCGGAGAUGUUUGACGACACUCCAUUUCGCAACAUUUCCGGCGACACGAAGGAGAGGAUGUUGGGGAGCUUGAGCGCCAGUUCGGGGACUAAUUAUAAUGUCACGAGCUCGACAUGUUUAACAACUGGUUUGGACGUUCUGAAAGAGCAAGGAAUCACUGAUCUCAACAAGUGGAUGUACUUAUUAAUUAUUGUUGCCUGGGGUUUCUUUUACAGAUUUCUCUUUUAUCUAUCGUUGUUGCUUGGCAGCAAAAACAAAAGGAAAUAG